AUGACAAUGACAGAUGCAGGAGCAAUCUCGGAGAUGCGUCAGAACACUACGACUACUGCCGACAUUUCCGGGCCAGCCUCCACCGCACCUCAGAAGAGACGCGUAUCGCUGGCUUGCAAGAGAUGCAAACGUCGAAAACAGCGGUCUUCCAACCACAACAGAUACAUCAACACCUUGGAGGAGCGUAUCGCAUUUCUCGAAGCUCGGCUGCCCGGCCAUGCCGAGGACCAUCUGGUCAACGACGUACAUGCUACCUCCGAGGCGCCGUUUGACGCAGCCCAGGAUGUAAUAGCGACCGAUAAGGUCGAAGAAUAUCAAUCAACGCCACUCAAAGAUCUGUUGUCAGAUGAUUCAGAUUUCGUCGAAAGAACAUCUUUGGUAGGAGGUGUGGCUUAUCUCUCCCUGUGUGCUUCUGGAACAACUGAUUCAAUAUCCGAACCGUAUUACGUUGGAUCCAGCUCUGGGUCGACCAUUGCACGCAUCAUUCAAGCUUCCAUCUUUGGCAAUGCAAAGCCAGGGGCGGUGGCCGAAGCUUCGGCUUCCAUAGAACAACAAGCCCAACCAGAGCCGACAACGCCACCUGAGUCGAUUCAGUCUGAUGAGACCACAUCCAGUUUUCCUGAGCUACGACAGGCUCGUAUGCUAUUUGAUACAUUCUUUGAGCGUAUUCAUAGUCGUUGGCCAAUACUCGAUCGUGAGAUUUACGAAAACUUAUUUGCAAAACAGUUCGUUACUGGAGCUUUGACGGUCGUCGAGCGAAGCAUUUGUCACUUGAUUUAUGCAAUUACCGCUCGCUUCCUGUCUUUGACUAGAAGACUUCACACUGUUGACCCCGAGUACCAUCUCGAGGCAGCCGUCGGGCCAAUGAGCUGUAUCUUGGAGCAACACAGUAUCGCAAGUCUACAAUUUCUAGUUCUCCUUGGUGUACAUGGCCAACGGUCUCCAUAUGGUGCUGGAUCCUGGUCACAAGUCCGCUACGCUGCUUCGAUAUGCAUUGAGAUGGGUCUGCAUAGAAAAAAAUCUCGCAUGGAAACCGACAAACAAGUAAGAGAUGAAGAGCUCCGACGAAGAACCUUCUGGGUUUGCUAUUGCCUUGAUCGUUCGAUCAGCAUUGUGCUCGGUCGACCCUUCGCCAUCGCUGACAGGGAUAUCAAUGUCGAGCUUCCAAGUGUUGCUAGUCAAUUCAGGACGCUAACCCACAAAGAGCCCUGCACUCCGACUGAAACUCUCUGGUCGAAUGUCGAACCUUUCAUACACAUGAUCAAACUUGAUCGGAUACAUUCUCGGAUCCACAAGGUCGUGUUCCGGGUCGACAAAGAUGUUCUGAGAGGCACAGCUGAAGAACAAGCCAAGCGUGAUCGGAAAAUGUCAAUCAUCAAGGGCGAUCUCGAUGAUUGGAUGGAGAAGUAUCCACAGACGCCAAAAGAUGGAAACAAGACUACCUGGAUGUAUGAUCCAGAAAGUGUGUCUCUCGACGCUAGAGAUUUUUACGACUUAAACUACCACAAGUCCAUCCUGUUCCUCUUCACCAACUUUCUGCCAACGCUGCAGACAUCUGAUCCACGUUUCCAUACCUGCGCAAAUUCAGCAACCUCUGUCUGCACUGCGUACAAGCGGUUGGCCCAGAACAGGACUCUGACCUAUACUAUGAUAGCUUUGCACUCAUGCUUUGUGGCUGGCUUGACCCUGAUCUAUUGUAUCUGGAGAGAUCCAUCCUUGUUCUCAUACGCAAUCCUAGAAGCAACAAGAGACUGCUCGCAAAGUCUUACCAUAUUCGGCGAGAAGUGGCCUGGCGCAGUCAAAUACCGUGACAUUUUCGACGAGCUCUCAGGAAGCUUACUCAAAUCAAUCGUCAGUCCGGGGCCCUCACGCCAAAGUCUUGUCAAUGCAGCCAACACCACGGCCGGAUCUACUCGAGCAUGGCAAACUCGCCAGGCUCAGGCGCGUCCGCGGCGGUCUUCCGACGUCGUCAACACGCCUAUGAUAUCAGCCGCCAUCAGAGAAGCGUUUAUGGAGGUCGAUGAGGAGGCUCCAGGUGGUUGGCAGGGAUGGCGAAUGUGGAAUGAGAUGGUCAAUGACGAUACCUCUCAUGCAGCCGACCCUGCUGUAGGAAUAAGUGGGCCUGGACAGACCUAUGCGGAAACGAGCUGGGAGGGCUACGAGAACAUGUAUGAUGUGGACCCGGUGCAGGAUGCAGUCAUGCAGACAGGAAGCUACGGAGUCAUGGGUGAUGUGAGGCUACUCUAA